CAGUUUAGGUUAGUUCUCCAAAAUCCAUACUUUGAGUGAAGAAAACAAAUUGUCUAUGAAUGUUAAUGCAAAGCUAGCCAACAUUUAUAUAGAACAUUCCCCCACAAAGCUCAAAGGAAAUUAAACCAAAAUGAUCAAAUGCUGAUGAUUUCCCCAGGGAAGCGUCCUUGUCCUUCCACAGAGAAAUAGUCUCCAAACCUACAGAGCUAAAAUAGCCUCUCUUCCAGCGUUCAAACGUGCCAGUCGAAAGAAAACCAAGACAAGGAGCUGCGCUGGAAGCUGCCUCUUUCACAGUUCUGCAUAUGUAAAUAGAAGUAAUUUACAAGAGAUUAUCUGGGGUCUGAAUAGGAGAGAAGCCACUUUAAUCUUUGAGUACCGAGGUUUCAUUUCUCCUUCUCUUCUUCCUCCUCCUGCUUUCUUUCCUCUUUGCCAGAGUUAAAAUAAGAGCUCUUCUAUUCCCGAAAUGCUGGCGUCCGAGAUGGCGCUUUUCCAUCAAGUGAUGGGGAAGAGUCUCCUCUCGGAGACCCUCACACAGGCGCCCGGGGACAUUUCCAAGGAGGGUUCCUCGGCCACUCGCGGCCCAGCGCAGAGGUUGACUCUGCUCUGACCAUCAGGUUAAAUGUUCUGCCUUCAGGAGGCAAUCCUCAAUACACUUUCCAGCCUUACGGCGCAAAGUUGAGGACGAGGGAGAAUGUGCGUGAGUGUGCGCGCGUCCGGGUGUCUGGAUGGGUGUAUUGGGGCGGGCAGUAAAUAAAGGGUGGGGCGAGCGAGGGGAGGCGAGCGAGGCGAGGCGGCCAGGGAGAACCGAGAAGCCAAAGCGUGGCUCGGAUCCCAGUUAACCUGCGGGAGCUCCUCCUGCUCACUGAGAGCCCCUGCACCAACUCACCCCGUACCCUCUCCCCUUCUUCCUCCGUCUUCUUUCUCCCCCCACCCCGCCACCUCCCGCUUGGUCUCGUGGCACUCUCCACCUGCCCCUCAUCCCUGCCGCCACCCCACUUUCUCAUCUGACCCGAGGACGAAUGAGGGAGACGUUCCGGCGAAUUGGGGCAGCAACUUUCCCCGGCUGGUCUCUCGGCUCCGGGAGCAGUUGCGCGCGGCUUCUCCGAGACCCGCGGCCCAUGGAGGAGGAGGACGAGGAACGGUGAUGGGCUAGCGGCAGAAGCCAGAAGCCCAGAGCGAGCCCAGCGUCGCCCGCCGGCUCCGCCAUCCCACGCAGGUUCCCUCAAGCUCUUUCCGCCAGGGGAGCGCGCUGGGUACCACCGCGUUAGCAUCCCAGGGAGGAUGAGGCAGGGACCCGAGCCCAGCGGGCAGCAUCUUCAGGGCGAGCGGCGGCGGCUGGGUCUCGGCAUGAAUUAAGAAGCCAGGAAGAUGGAGCGCCGCACACUCCUCGCCCAGCCCAGGCUGAGGACCAGGGACGCUGGCUGGACGCUUCUCUAUUUCCUCGGCUCGGUCCUCCCGCAGACCGCCCCGCAAGUACUCCGGAUCGGAGGGAUCUUUGAAACUGUGGAAAAUGAACCUGUUAACGUUGAAGAAUUAGCGUUCAAGUUUGCAGUCACCAGCAUUAACAGAAAUCGAACCCUGAUGCCUAACACCACAUUAACCUACGAUAUCCAGAAAAUUAACCUUUUUGAUAGUUUUGAAGCCUCACGGAGAGCAUGUGACCAGCUGGCGCUUGGAGUGGCUGCUCUCUUUGGUCCUUCCCAUAGCUCCUCUGUCAGUGCUGUGCAGUCUAUUUGCAACGCUCUCGAGGUUCCACAUAUACAGACUCGCUGGAAACACCCCUCCGUGGACAACAGAGACCUGUUUUACAUCAACCUCUACCCCGAUUAUGCGGCUAUCAGCAGGGCGGUCUUGGAUCUGGUCCUCUACUACAACUGGAAGACAGUGACCGUGGUGUAUGAAGAUAGCACAGGUCUCAUUCGCCUGCAAGAGCUCAUCAAAGCUCCCUCCAGAUAUAAUAUUAAAAUCAAAAUCCGCCAGCUGCCCUCUGGGAAUAAAGAUGCUAAGCCGUUACUCAAGGAAAUGAAGAAAGGCAAGGAGUUCUACGUGAUAUUUGAUUGUUCGCAUGAAACAGCCGCUGAGAUCCUUAAGCAGAUCCUGUUCAUGGGCAUGAUGACUGAGUACUAUCAUUACUUUUUCACAACCCUGGACUUAUUUGCUUUAGAUCUGGAACUCUAUAGGUACAGUGGUGUAAAUAUGACUGGGUUUCGGCUACUGAAUAUUGACAACCCUCACGUGUCCGCCAUCAUUGAGAAGUGGUCCAUGGAAAGAUUGCAGGCUCCACCCAGGCCUGAGACUGGCCUUUUGGAUGGCAUGAUGACUACUGAAGCUGCUCUGAUGUAUGACGCUGUGUACAUGGUGGCCAUUGCCUCCCACCGGGCUUCCCAGCUGACCGUCAGCUCCCUACAGUGCCACAGACACAAGCCGUGGCGCCUUGGUCCCAGAUUUAUGAAUCUGAUCAAAGAGGCUCAGUGGGAUGGCUUGACUGGGCGUAUCACCUUCAAUAAAACCGAUGGCUUGAGGAAGGAUUUUGAUCUGGACAUUAUUAGUCUUAAAGAGGAAGGAACUGAAAAGGCUGCUGGCGAAGUGUCUAAACACUUAUAUAAAGUGUGGAAGAAGAUUGGGAUUUGGAACUCCAACAGUGGGCUAAACAUGACGGAUGGCAACAAAGACAGGUCCAAUAAUAUCACCGAUUCUCUUGCCAACCGAACACUCAUCGUCACCACCAUUCUGGAAGAACCCUAUGUGAUGUACAGGAAAUCUGAUAAGCCCCUGUAUGGAAAUGACAGAUUUGAAGGAUAUUGCCUGGAUCUAUUGAAGGAAUUGUCAAACAUCCUGGGUUUCAUUUAUGAUGUUAAACUCGUUGCUGAUGGCAAAUAUGGAGCUCAGAAUGACAAAGGAGAGUGGAAUGGAAUGGUCAAGGAACUUAUAGAUCAUAAGGCUGACUUGGCGGUGGCUCCUCUUACCAUCACCUACGUGCGGGAAAAAGUCAUCGACUUCUCCAAACCUUUCAUGACCCUAGGCAUCAGCAUUCUCUACCGGAAGCCCAAUGGCACUAAUCCAGGGGUCUUCUCCUUCCUCAACCCCCUGUCUCCUGACAUUUGGAUGUAUGUCCUCUUAGCCUGCUUAGGAGUCAGUUGUGUGCUUUUUGUGAUCGCAAGGUUUACACCCUAUGAGUGGUAUAACCCCCACCCAUGCAACCCUGACUCAGACGUGGUGGAAAACAAUUUUACUUUACUAAAUAGUUUCUGGUUUGGAGUUGGAGCUCUCAUGCAACAAGGAUCAGAGUUGAUGCCCAAAGCUCUCUCGACCAGAAUAGUUGGAGGGAUAUGGUGGUUUUUCACCCUAAUCAUCAUCUCAUCCUACACUGCCAAUCUGGCCGCCUUCUUGACAGUAGAGCGAAUGGAAUCCCCCAUUGAUUCAGCAGAUGAUUUGGCAAAACAAACCAAGAUAGAAUAUGGAGCCGUCAGAGAUGGAUCAACAAUGACAUUCUUCAAGAAAUCGAAGAUAUCCACCUAUGAGAAGAUGUGGGCUUUCAUGAGUAGCAGGCAGCAGACUGCCCUGGUCAAAAACAGUGAUGAGGGCAUCCAUCGAGUGCUCACCACUGACUAUGCCCUGCUGAUGGAGUCCACCAGCAUCGAGUAUGUGACGCAGAGAAACUGCAACCUCACCCAGAUCGGGGGCCUCAUUGACUCCAAAGGUUAUGGAGUGGGAACGCCUAUUGGCUCUCCUUACCGGGAUAAAAUUACUAUUGCUAUUCUUCAAUUACAAGAAGAGGGGAAAUUGCAUAUGAUGAAAGAAAAAUGGUGGCGGGGAAAUGGCUGUCCAGAAGAGGACAACAAAGAGGCCAGUGCUCUGGGAGUAGAAAAUAUUGGGGGCAUCUUCAUUGUUCUGGCUGCUGGACUGGUCCUUUCUGUAUUUGUAGCCAUUGGAGAAUUUAUAUACAAAUCCCGAAAGAACAACGAUAUUGAACAGGCUUUUUGUUUCUUUUAUGGACUGCAGUGUAAGCAAACCCAUCCAACCAACUCCACUUCUGGAACCACUUUAUCUACGGAUUUAGAAUGUGGCAAAUUAAUUCGAGAGGAGAAAGGGAUUCGGACACAGUCCUCAAUUCACACUGUGUAAUCAUUUAAAAAAAAAAAAAAGAAAGAAGGUGUACCUCAGUAGAAACUGUUUCUGCUAAUUAGUGUUGUUGAUGAUAUCUGUGUCUACUAAACAUAAAUAGCCAUAACCCCCACCCUUGUUUUAAGAUAGCAAAACUCACGUACUCUUAACAUUGAAUUCAAUGCACUAAAAACACAUGUGCAUUUGAUGUUGAAACAGAGGUAUGUUAGAUGUAUACAGACUCCAAAAUAUGUGCAUUUACAGCAAUUUGCUAUACCAUUGAGAGAAUGGUUAUCUUAGUUGUAUUUUCAUGUAUUAAGAUUAAACAACUUUUUCCUCGUACAAAAGUAGGUUCAGCCAUUCAGCAGUGCAAAGCAUGAAAACAAAUUGUUAUUUUGUGGCAGUCUUUUCAUCUUUGUGAAACUUUUCUCCCCUUUCUUUCUCCCUGUACCAUAUGCUCUGUAAAGCCACACUUUCCAACUAUCUAAAGCCUCAUCUUUUCAUAACUCCUUAACAAUGUUAAUUUUUAAUUCAAAUUGAGUCUACUAUUUGAAAUGUAUCAUUAACACAGAGAUUCAAAGAUGUGUUAGAUUUUAAAGAUACAAAAAAAAAGACCUAGAAAAUGAAAACUAAACUUGAAACCUCAGGUACCACAGAGGAAGAACAUUGGCUUCCUUGGUGGCUCAGAGGGUAAAGCAUCUGCCUGCAAUGCGGGAGACCUGGGUUCGAUCCCUGGGUGGGGAAGAUUUCCCUGGAGAAGGAA